ACACAGCAAGACAUGACUCCAGGGCUGGUCUCUCCCUCACCCUGAGGACUCUCCUCCAGAAAGGGUUAGGCUGGAGUCAAGCCCCACCCACCCUGGCCUGUCUCUAUAAAAGGACCGCCCGAGCUACCUGCAAAGGCACUGGCUCUGCGCACUCUCAGUCAUGAGCCUCGCUCUGUCCGGGAUGCUCUGCCUCCUGCUACUUUCAUUGCCCUCAGGCAAUGCCUUGCUUGGGAACGACGGCGUACAAAUCCGUACUUGCACUGCACUGAGAGGCAGGUGUUUCUUCGGCUGUAAACCAGGAUGGACCUGGGUGGCUUUCUGCCACAACAUACUGUCUUGUUGUACAAGGAUGAGAAAGGAUUUGCCCCCACAAGCCAAAGAUUUUUGAUUCCCACCUCAUAGGUUCAGUCAAAAAGAUACAUAAACCACUGAAAGGACUC